GGGGCGCACUCAUACACGCAUUCCUGUCAAGUCAUCUUGUGAAAGGCAGCUUGCUUCCAGCUUGGCUUGAAAGUGCAACCUUAAUAAAACUCACUGAAGUCUGAGAGAAAAUAGCAGUUCUGCAGCAGAUAGUGUAGGGGAAAGAGACUGGGAUAUGCAUAUGCAGCUGACUAAAGCAGGCUACAUGCUGGACUGUAACAGGGAGGAAACAAUAAAUCUUAACUACUAUGCAAUAAAUAUUCCCAAUUUAAACUAAGGAAGCUAUCCUCAUAGUGAAAUUAAAAAAAUAACUGUUUAUCCAAGCUUGAUUUCUAAAGCGCACUUCUCCAGUCCUUUUUCCAAAGACUUUAAGGGAAAUUAAGAACAAAUUUAAAGAAAGAGGAAGAAAAAGUUUUUCUUAAAGUAGGAAAGGAAAGUAAUAAUAACAUGUCAGUUUUCCUUUCCUUUGCUUUCCUGGCAGCGGUCCUUGCUCAUAUAGGCUGUAAUAACCAGCGUCGGGGUCCAGAAGCCAGUGGGAGAAGAUUUAACCGGAUUCAGCAUGGGCAGUGCACCUAUACUUUCAUUCUGCCAGAACAGGAUGGGAACUGUCGUGAAAGCACGACAGACCAGUACAACACAAAUGCUCUUCAGAGAGAUGCUCCUCACGUGGAACAGGAUUUCUCUUCCCAGAAACUGCAACAUCUGGAGCAUGUGAUGGAAAAUUACACUCAGUGGCUGCAAAAACUUGAGAACUACAUUGUGGAAAAUAUGAAAUCAGAGAUGGUGCAGCUGCAGCAGAAUGCUGUGCAAAACCACACCGCCACCAUGCUUGAGAUAGGGACCAGCCUCCUCAGUCAGACAGCAGAGCAGACAAGAAAACUCACGGAUGUUGAAACCCAGGUGCUAAAUCAAACAUCCCGACUUGAAAUUCAGCUACUGGAAAAUUCACUGUCAACAUAUAAGCUAGAAAAACAGCUGCUGCAACAGACACAUGAAAUCCUGAAAAUUCAUGAGAAAAACAGUUUACUUGAGCACAGAAUUUUAGAAAUGGAAGAAAGGCAUAAAGAGGAGCUGGACAAUUUGAAGGAGGAAAAAGAGAACCUACAAAGCUUGGUCACACGACAAAGCUACAUAAUCCAAGAACUAGAGAAGCAGUUAAACAAGGCAACAAGCAAUAACAGUGUCCUGCAGAAACAGCAGCUUGAAUUGAUGGAUACAGUUCACACACUGAUCACUCUCUGUUCGAAGGAAGGAGUUUUGCUAAAGAAUGCAAAGAAGGAGGAAGAAAAGCCUUUCAGAGACUGUACAGACAUAUACCAAUCUGGUUUUAACAAAAGUGGGGUCUACACUAUUUAUAUUAACAAUGUGUCAGAACCUAAAAAGGUCUUUUGCAAUAUGGAAAUUGCUGGAGGAGGAUGGACGGUUAUACAGCACCGAGAAGAUGGGAGUCUGGAUUUUCAGAAAAGCUGGAAAGAAUACAAAAUGGGUUUUGGUAGCCCAUCAGGUGAACAUUGGCUGGGAAAUGAAUUUAUCUUUGCAAUAACAAGUCAGAGGCAAUAUUCUCUAAGAAUUGAAUUAAUGGACUGGGAAGGAAACCGGGCAUAUUCACAGUAUGACAGAUUUCACAUAGGAAAUGAAAAACAGAAUUACAGGCUUUAUUUAAAAGGUCACAGUGGAACAGCUGGAAAACAGAGUAGCCUGAUCUUACAUGGUGCUGAAUUCAGUACAAAAGAUGCUGACAAUGACAACUGCAUGUGUAAAUGUGCUCUCAUGUUGACUGGAGGGUGGUGGUUUGAUGCUUGUGGCCCCUCCAAUCUCAAUGGGAUGUUCUACACAGCUGGGCAAAACCACGGAAAGCUCAAUGGCAUCAAGUGGCAUUACUUCAAAGGCCCCAGCUACUCCUUGCGCUCCACGACCAUGAUGAUUCGGCCCUUGGACUUUUAAAGGCAUUCAGCAGUGGAUCCCAGAACAAACCAGGAGACAGUGCCCUCAGCAGCACCUAUCUCACAGUCUGAAGGUAAAAAGAGAAGGGCUUCUUGAAAGCAACACGUAGGGAUGAUGCAAAUUCUUUUCAUUAUCACUCCAUAACUUGCAAAAACUCUCCAACAGUCACCCCGUAUUUUGAUGUCUGGGGGAGGCUUGGUUUAGAAGAAGAUGGCUGCAGUGAUUUUCCAGAGAACAACAACUGGAUCUGGUUAUUCUGCCUGAAUCUGAUACCUGUCAGUGGAUGCCCUUUCUGUUUUGGGUUUUGUUUUGUUUUGGGUUUGUUGUUGUUUUUUUUGUUUUGUUUUGUGAUAAAAGAUGCAAAAACAUACUAGAUAAUUCAUCAACAGCAUCAUAAUUUGAAGUAUCAAGCAUGGUCACUUGAGUAGAAUAUUAUUCAGCAGUGAAAAGCCAACAUUAUAUCCAUGAAAAAAGAUUAUGGAGACACCUUUAUUAAAACUCAUCUUAAAGCACUCAAGGCCACCACUCCCAAUAUUGUUUUUCUUAAAUGAAUUUGAAUGGUGGAUGGAUUUAUGUUAAUCCCAGAGUCAAAUAAUUUGUGAGAAUAUUAUUUUUCAUUAAAUCCUUUAAAGACAUGUUUCUCAUAAAUAAACUGAGUCAAAUGUAUGAAGAAUGAUAAGGGUAAUAGGCAUAAAUUCUUCAGUUGCUCUGUAGAGGUAAAUCAGAUAAUUGGCAUAAUCCCUGUGCUAGGAUUUAUAGUGUGAUAACAAAAGUAGCUGUGUUUUGAGGUUUUUCCCUUCUUUCAUUAAAGGCAGUCUGAAAGUCAUGUAGAAAAAUUAAUGGAAGGUUUAAAGAAUGUGAAAUAUUAUCCUAAAGAAAAUACGGGAUUUUGCAUGGAGUAUUUCCACCAAAAGUACACAGGAAGGCAAAUUGUUAGGGUAUAUGAAAAUUACAGAAAUGCAUAGCUUAAGGCAAUGGAUUCAUUUUACAGUAUCCUUGCAUGUGCGCAAUUUAUCAUUAAUUAUUUUACUUUUUUAUUACAUUUUUGUGAAUAUCAGAAGCAUGCCAGUUCUACACAGUGCUUAGGCUUCAACUAUAAAAAAUACUCACCAGACUGUAUAGAAAAUAAAGAAUUGUGAACUUGUAAAUAGCAUGUUUAUAUUUCCUGUAAUGGUCAUUCAAUUUGUAAAGGCAGCCCUGACCCUACGCAAAGGGUGCAAAGCCUCAAAAGGAUAUAAAUAUUAAAAGAACUUUAGAAGACUGCUUACAGGUUGCUAACAAGUAAUUUUGUUAUAUUAAAAUGUUGCAGAAGUGUGGGGCAAGAUGCACAAUUCAACUACUGGAAAAGAUCAAUUUCCUGUAAUAAUAAGCAACAAAGUGGCUGGCUGGCCCAUGACAUUGUAGAGUCAACUCUUCCCGUAUACAGCCCCUUGUGGUUUAGUCCCAUGAAUCAAGUCCCUCUGGGAAAAUAGCUUGCAGUCAUUCUACUUCUGCUAUAUAUAAAAGGAAAAAGUUUACCCUGCUCCCACUGAACUCAAAAGCAAUAUUCUCAUCAAUUACUUUGGGACCAACAUGACAUGCAAAAUCUAAAUGUUUUUUAUUGCUUGUCUGUUUGUUGCUUUGUUUCAUUCAUUAAACUGUUUCUGCGAUCAGGCACAACAAAGAUCUGAGUCUUCUUUAAAGGAUGAUGAUAACAGAGUAACUGCAAUUUUUUUCUUUUUUUCCCCCUCUUUUUUUCCCUUUAGCAGUUUAUUUCUAUGGAAUAGAAAAAAACUGCUUGGAUUUUUUAAAACACCUCUCCUUAAAUAUCACAAGGCCCCACAGGGUUCUCUGUUUCUGUUACAAUUUGAUGUUGCUUUGGUUUUAAGUGGGAAGAACUUUGGUUUUGUGUAUUUGUAUAUAUUUAUAUAUAUAUUUGAAAUAAUCUUGCCUAAGGGUUAAUUUGCUGUUUUCUGCUGAAUAAGUUACCAAACCUCUCCUUACUCAGCAGUUUCUUCACAGAGCUGUUUUGUCUCAGUUUUCAGCAGUUUUUUGAAAUGGUCUUCAUUUGUGUGCAAAAUAUGUGGUCUGUCUUCCUCCAUAUUCUCAAAAGACAUAUUUUUGCAGGUCUCCAAGUUAGGAAUGCCGUUUUUGCAGAUCCUAUUGCAAAAGGCAAAACACAUUUUAAAUCAAAAGCAUGAUAUUUACUGUUUAUUUAUCUGGGUUUGAAAAAAUGUGGAUUUGGUUUCCUAUCCUUUAUAAUAAAACAUUUUUUAAAAAAUUGCAGAGUCUGUGAUUUGCUUUAUUUUCAGUAUGCCUUUCUGUGACAGAUUGACAUUUUACAAGCCACAUGUCUCCGUGUAAGAAUUAUUAAUAAAUUUAGACAAAGCCUGGGAAGGCAGUCUAAUUAGAGUUUGUCCAGAAAUUAAUAUUUCUAACUUCUCAAAUCCAUAUUUCAGUAGUAUUUAUUCUAUUUCUUUGAUUAAAAUAAUGGGACUAUAUCUCUCAUUUUAAGUUCAAAUCAUAAAACUCUCUAUCAAGCUUUAAAAUAAAAUGUUUCUUGAAUUCCACAGAAAAAGAUACAUAUUGAAGUAUGAUGCUUGUUUCUCUUGCCUUAUGAUGUGUUCUUCUAUCAUCCAUUUGAUCAUGUUCCAUGGCGGUGACAAAUCUCCAUUGAUCUCUUCGCCAGAAAUGCCUCUUGCUCCAUUUGUAUGCCUUUUAACACCACAGGGAUCAGUUUUAACAUCUCUUUGUAGUCAAUUUAUCCUCAUUUUCUCAGGAAUUUUCACUUAAUUGGACUUGUUCCUUGUGUUCGUUCAGACCAACCCAGCUUUUAAAAUCAACACUAAAGCUGUGAGCAACUACAUACAUAAAGGUACAUUUUGCUCCUUAAGUUGAACAUGUAUGAACUGCAUGAAUCUAAGAGUUACAAUUAGUAAAAAUGGUCUUUCUGUAUUUGAUUUAUAUUAAAAUGUCACUUGCCAUGAAAGAUUCUAAAAAAAAUAGUCAAUGGUAAUAGUACCUUUACUAUUUAUCCUUCACAGAUAAAUCCCUUCUUUUUUUGUAAAACAGCAAUACACAAAAUAUUCACUAAUCAAUAGAUGUGCUUUCCAUAGCAUAUAGAUGCUUAAUUUUUAAUAUCACCUAAGGCUGGAGAUGUAAUUUAAUGGGACACUUUUCUAAGUGCCCUAGCGUCCAGUACUGGCCUAUUAAGUAGGCAAGUCAUCUACAUUUAUAAUCAUUUGUAUAACACGUUCCCGAGACACAGUUCCUUAAAAAGCCCUUCCAGCUAUAAUAACGACUUUCUUCUCUGUAGACCUGUAGCUCAAACCACAGCUCCUAUCAUGCCUCAAAUAACCUCGUUUGGAAUUGGCACAGCACUCCUUCUUUGGGAAGAACAAAACUGAACAGCAAUCACAACAAGAGUUUAACUCUCUAGAUAGGAUCAAGCUUAAUUUACAACCAGACUCUGCUGCUGCUGUGCCAGAAGGCAUUCCUACCUACCCUCUUUUACAUGAGCUGGAGAGCUUGAGGAAAGAGGCAGUAACCCAUGAAUACAGCUGAUGCUGCUGGUGUUGCCUGACUCUGAGUUGUGGUGUGCACACACCCAGAAAUACAUAGGUUUGAAGAAAGUUUGCCACAGUCUAUCAAAAUGACUUUUUAAAAAUUUUAUCUGGAGGAAUAGAAAUCUCAAUACAAAAAAAAUCCCGAAAGCAGCAAAAAUUAAAUAAAUGAAAAGUGCAAAGGCCAGCAGGAAGGGAGGAUUAAGGGAUAGAUACCAUAUGGAAGGUAGAGGAGCAAGAGCAGGAAAGAGAGAAGACAGGGAUAUGGGACUGUAAUGAAGAGAGGGAAAGAUGGACAGAUAGGGAAGAAUUGAAAGGAAGGGAUUACCCAUGAGACAGAACAGCUCCAUAUUUCCUGUGCCACGUCUGUCACAUAGUGUAGGAACUCCCUUCUCCUCCAGGAGUGUCUGAACCCCCCUCUCCCCGGCUCCUGCUCAGAUGAGCAGGAAUCUAUGGGUCUCAUUUGCUUUUGUAUACUUUGGGGUUUUCUUUGUCUGUGUGGUGUUUUAAUUUUUUUCACAGGGAGCAAUUUAGUAUGGAUCUUUGAGAAGACAUGCUACUUAUGGUUAUGUCAAGAUAGUUCCAUAGCAAGUCCUUUAAAAAUUGAAAGGUUCCUUUAGAAAAUGCUGUAUUCCGUUGUGUGAAUUUUAAGGACUGAUAAUGAAAUAAAACUU